AAAUAAAUCAAUUAUACAAUAUUAUACACUUACCAUUAAUUCACCUAACUUGCAAAUUAACUACCGAAAAUUACGUGAAAAGAUUUCAAGCAGCGGAGUUUGCGCUGUUUCCGUCAGAGGCGCUGGUGCGCCAUGUAAAUUUUGGAACGUCAAAAUAAUUUUUGUUUUUCUUCCUUCAAUAAUUUUUAACGAUAGUCCAAUAAAAAUAAAUAACAAGUAAAUAUAAGUGUUCUUAAAAGUGAAACAGGGUAUCAACUCGAUAUAAGUUGUGGAAACUUAAAAAUAUUCUAUUAAAGAAAUAAUAAACAGAAGAAUUUACACAUGGACUUACAUUCACCAAAAGAGCCAAAAGAUAAGGGAAGAGUGGUAGAAAAUAUUUGCGGAGAACAGCAAUUACGGCAAUUUGGUAAAUUUCUUGACUCUCACAAUCGUCUUCUAAAAACCCUGGAAAAUGAACAACAUAUAAUGCACAAUGAGAGUCAUGCAUUUACGAAAUUUCGUACGACAAUUGAUCAUGGAUACCAUGGAAAAUGUGAAAAAGUUUCGCUUUUCCAACUUGUUGAGUCAGAUAACAAAAUGCUUAACAAAAAUAUAAUUGUUUUCACAUCCCUCUGUGAUGAAAUUGACUACCUAAAUGCAGAAGCUGAGAGUUUACAGUUAAACCUGCUUUAUUAUGAUGAACACGCAGAGUAUUUUAAGGAAUCGGCAAGUUUAAUCACUAAGAAAAUUUCUACUGUUCUAGAAUUUUUGUUCUAUGUAAGACAAUUCUUUCAUCGAUGUAAUGAUGUUCUCGAACUUACCAUCCGGCAGUUUAGUACCUUGUCUGAUGAAACUAGAUGGAUUGGAAAUGCAAAUAAGGCUUUGUACUUUCAAACAGUUUUCGAGAAAAUAUGUGAUUUGAUUGUGAGCAUCUAUAUUUUUGAUGAAAUCUUCUAUGGAUCCCGACUGAAACAAUUUUGGGGACCAUUUAAGAAGCAAAUAACAACCAUGUGUGUAAAUGGAGAUCAAUUUAUCGAAUUCUCUGUGCUAGAUUUAAGUGGAUUGCAACAGAUGAUUGCUGAAAUGGAUGAACUUUUUCAAGGAAAGCUUGUGGAAAUUUCCCUACAGAGAUGUGUUAGAGUUAAAAAGGACGUUUCACCGAAAGCUCUUGGUCAUUUUGCCACCCACAUUCAGUCCCAUAUAAAAAGGACUAUGUCUGAUGUAAUGAAAUACCCCCAAGAUUUAUCAGAACUCAGUGAGUGCAAAGAGAUUGUCCGAAUAAAUGCCAUGUGUAUCUUUUAUCAUGCUUUCUUUGGAAAUCUAGAUCAUAAAAUAUUUAAAAGUCUUAUUGAAUUAAGCAAUAAAUUCUGCGGAAUAACUCUUAUCAGCAAUAUUGUAUGGUGUCCGGAAGUCUUCAUAGGACAACAUGCUGCGACUCUCCUCAAGGGUCAUGAGAAAUUUGUUAAUGAUGCAAGUAAAAUCAGACAGGUUUUUCUUAUGACUAAAACUUCAAAUCUUUCCAAAGAUGUAAACACCUUCACUUUUCGUACGCUUUCUUGGAUUUUGCAAAUGACAACAGAAUUCAAGUUGUUCAAAAAUGAGGUAAAAAUUGAACAAAUACGUACGAGGGCAAAUCUCUUUGCAUCGGGUGCAAGAUUGGCAGGGCAAAUAAAUCACACAAUAAAGUGUGUGACUAAUCUACACGUUAUUGUUCAACAGCCAAUGCAAAAGUUAACUCUCAUGAAUAUUUGCAAGCUACUGGAAUUUCUCAUUACCAUUCAUGAAAUGUUCCAGCAUUGCCGAGGAUUUAUUGUCGAAAAUAUAAACAGCAUAAUUCAACACUAUAACUAUCAAGGAAUCUAUCUGAUAAACGAGGCGAGAAAAAGUCUUUCAUGUGAAAAUUAUAAUGAAAGGAUCUUAGAUUCUCUAGCAGCUCUGCAGAUCACCGAACGGUGUCUUUAUGGACCAGCAACAAAAAAUCGAAUUACAAUUGCCAAGAUCACCCUGAGUGUCUUCGAGUGCAAUGCAUUAAAUUGUCAGGAAUAUAUACAAAAAUUGUUUAAAAUCCUUGGAAGAUUGUCAAUAAUCUUGGAUCUGCAGGAAAUUGUCGAUCGUCUCUGUGAGACAUCUUUUCUUUUCUGGCAUCAAUCACUUUUUUGUAACUACAUAAAGCAGUACUUCGAACAAAGAACAGAUCAUCAACGAAUUUUGGCUACAUUAGAUGGUAUUGAUAAAUGCUUUCAUGGAAUUGGAAAAUGUCAAAGAUUGGAAUUUAUUUGCCAAGAACAAUUUUUUGAAAGUGUUCUAAAAACCCUUUAUGGAAAUGUUAUUGGUCAAUUGUGUGGCCAGAUUGAAACAAGUUUAAGACUAGAUUUUCAUUCUAAUCUUCAAGUGGAGGUCAUAAAUCCUUUUGCGAAACCAUCAAGCCUAGUAAGUUGCAAUGCAUGGCUUGGAAUCGGGGCAUUUAAACUUGCUGAUCGUUACGUGAGCUUUAAGCGGUAUGUCGAAGCUUAUCUAAGUUAUAUGUUUUACAAUUUAACAACAAUAUCUCUGCAUGAUUGGAGAACAUAUGGAGAAAUGAGACGACUAGCACAAUUGAAGAUGAGCUUAGUAACCGUAUAUGAUCACUUGCCAACACAAAUUCUCGAGCAAGGUUGCGAUGUGUUAGAUAUCAUGCGGAAUAUUCAUGUUUUUGUGAGCCAGUAUGUAUAUAAUUUAAAUAAUCAAGUGUUCAUAGAGCGCACUAGUGCCAAUAAACACUUAAACACCAUAAAUAUUCGUCACAUUGCUAAUUCAUUGAGAACUCAUGGUAUUGGGGUUGUAAAUACCACAGUAAAUUUCACGUAUCAAUUUCUUAAGAAAAAGAUUUACCUUAUGUCACAAUUUCUCUAUGAUGAACGUAUCAAGAGCCGUUUGGUGAAAGACCAAAAGUGGUUCAGAGAUAAUUGGGAACAACUUGGACAGAUGUAUAUUUACGAAAGAGCAGACGCUUUUAAUAAGGGUAUCCGGAAAUUGGGUGUCACAGAAUGUGGCGAUAGUUAUUUGGAUACCUUCCGACUGCUCGUGAGUCAUAUUGGCAAUGCCAUGGGGUAUGUUAGAAUGAUGAGAUCAGGAUGUAUUCACACUUGUUCUAUGUCUAGCGCUUUUCUACCUGGGGCUGAAGAACGUGGAAGUCUCACAUUAGGUGAAUUAGUUCGUAGUGAAGGUCUUUCAGCAGCGACCUGCUCUUCAGCUACAAACCUUCAAUCGAAUAUUGAGCAUUUGUGGCAACAAUGGAGUGAAGGAACGGAGUAUUUUAAACUUCUUGUUGACACACUGGCUCCUUUUCUCCGGGCUGCAAAAAAUGUCCACCUCAAGACAUUUUAUCUGAUUGUACCGCCGCUCACAAUAAAUUUUGUGGAGCACAUGCUGAGCAUGAAAGAUAGAAUCGGAAAGAAGAAUCGUCAAGAUGCUGUUUUAUUCACCGAUGAUGGAUUUGUUAUGGGACUGGCUUACAUCCUUAAAAUUCUUGAUCAAAUUGAUGAAUUCAAUUCACUCCAUUGGUUUCGAGCGGUUAAGGUGAAAUAUAUGGCUGAAAAAGAUAAAAUCAUUUUACAAAGAAAGAACAUGGGCCAUUCAGAUGAUGUAAAACUUCACCAAACUCUGGCGCUCACUGAGAAACGUAUUCAUAUAUUUCAGCAAGAAUUUGAGCUCCUUUAUUAUAAUUUGAGCAGUGCUAAAAUUUUCUUUAGCAGUUCCUAAGUAAUAUAUUGAUAGUAUACAAUUAAGAAAUAAUAAACCGAUGUAAUUAUAUACAAGUCAAUAAAUUUUUUCAACUAUA